AUGAAAAUUUUGUUGUGCAUUGAUUUCAACACCAAUUGGUAUGAAGUAUUUGGUCGACAUACUUUAUUAACAUCUGGUGAAGAAGUCAAAGUCGAACAAACUGAAUGGAAGAACAUAACAUUAAAAAUUGUUAAUAAUACUGCACAUGUUCAUAUUAAAGCCUCAGAAAAUCCUUUUCCUUUUUCAACACAAGACAAAGAAAGAGACAUCAUUCCCGAUUUCUUACUUCUUCGUAACUUCCCAACUGAUUUCCGCGGGAAGAUGUAUACCAACUUACUCGUUGGAUU